UGAAAUUCAGUUCUAAAAGUGCUUAAUAAUCACCAAUGGAAAAGGACUACUAAAUUUAUUAACGUUUAAAAACUUACGGAAUUUUCGCAAACGGCAAAACACUUUACUUAUUCGAAUCUAUGCAGAAGUCAGAAGUCAGAACGCACUCACAGAAAAGUGUUCCGCGAAAAACAGCCGAGUUCGUAGCAACGAAAAACUAUAGUUAUAUACUCGAAGAUUCUGACGAAAAUGAAAUUCUUGGACACGAUAGCGAAGACUCUCACGAAAGCAAUGAAAUUAUAAACAUUUUUGAUAACCUCUUCUUUGUGAAUAAUAAAACUUCGAGAAGGUUUCAAAUAAAGGAUCGACCUUUAAAGGACCACAAGAAACGAGUUCCAAGAACGUUUGCUAGUCGGCGGAUACUCGGUGGGAAGCAGACUAGUAUCCGGAUGCAUCCCUACAAUGUCGCCAUAUCCAGGCAGGGGAUGCACUGGUGUGGGGGCUCCGUUAUCGACGAGCAGUGGGUCCUCACAGCCGGCCAUUGUAUGGAGGUGUCACAUAAUAGCGGUGUGGAAAAGUUGAGCCCGUUCGUGGUGCGAGCCGGUAGCUCGUUCCACAAUAGAGGGGGCUAUCAAGCACGAAUUAACAAGGCGUUCUUUCCCCCAUCUUACAUACCUGGUAACGCGGACUACGACUUUAGCCUGCUGCGGCUGGACCGGCCGCUGCCCAUCGGCCGCAACAUCGCGGUCAUCGACCUCCCCUUCCGGAAGUACCGCAUGGUUCCGGGGGACAUGGUGGUGGUGACUGGGUGGGGAAGCAUGCAGAAAUCUGGUAGAGGCGAGAUGUCAUCGCGGUUGAGGUUCGUGUUGGUGCCGGUGGUGGAGUCCCACAGGUGUCAGAGAGCGUACCGCUUCUACAUCAGCCCGCGUAUGAUGUGCGCCGGGUAUCCCAGCGGGGGUAGGGACGCUUGCAAUCACGACUCGGGCGGUCCGGCCGUUCACGACGGGGUACUAGUCGGACUCGUGUCAUUCGGCGGGCGAGUGUGCGGCGACCCUAAAUCCCCGGGAGUGUACUCCAGGGUGUCAGAGAUCUCGGACUGGGUCAACUAUACCGUACACCACAACGAGGCCAGCGCUGUGCCUCAACUGAGGGAGAGGAUCAGGAAAGCGAGGAUUAAGGACAAUGAGAUUACACGAACAAACAAGCAAAUGAGAAAUAAAAAUGAUGCAAUAAAAAAUUGGCUACGAAAUAUAAUACGCUCGCCUGUGUUUUUAUCAAAAGUGAAGAAGAGACUUCAAGCUGGACAUUUAUAAUAAAUUCAUAUACAGGGUACAAACUACAAGCAAAACUAUGUGGUAAUACUUUAUGAUGACCCUUCCUCCGUUCCGCUCUGCCGGCGUAGGACGGGAGUAGACGGGCCGGGUCAGGAUGACAAC